UCAAAAUCACAGUUGGAGUAGGUUUAUACUAAAGAUCAGUUAACAUUGUUAUUAUAAGUUAGACAAAAAUACUUUCUUAUGUAAGAAAUUAUUAUUUGAUUGUUACUUCGGCAAUAUGUUGCGUCUUGUUUUUGUUUUUUAUUUUUCAUUGCCAGUUGCAGUUUAUUGUUCCGAUACUCCAACAGUGCAAGUAGAGUUUGGCAAGCUCAGAGGUCAUAACUUAGUGACAGCAGGAGGGAGGACAAUUUUUGCUUUCGAGGGCAUCCCUUAUGCUAAACCACCAGUAGGGGAACGAAGGUUUAAGGAGUCUGAGCCGCUAGACACCCCAUGGGAUGGAGUAUGGGACGCUAGUCACCCAGGCAGUGUGUGUCUACAGUACGAUCACAUGACUUAUCUACUGGAUGAGCCCAUACUGGGAGAUGAGGACUGCUUGUAUCUUAACGUUUAUACUACACAAUUACCGAAAAAGAAUGAACAAUUGAGGGACGUCAUUGUAUACAUCCAUGGAGGAGCCUUCACCUAUGGAGGGGGUCACCUGUAUAUGCCCUGGUAUCUACUGGAUCAUGAUGUUGUCUAUGUAUCUAUUAACUAUCGGCUCGGACCCUUAGGCUUCCUCAGCACAGAGGAUGAUGUAGUGCCAGGCAACAAUGGGUUAAAGGACCAAGUGAGAUCUCUGGAGUGGAUACAGAGGAACAUAGCAGCUUUUGGAGGCAACCCCCAGAGUGUGACAAUCACAGGAAUGUCUGCAGGGGGAGCCAGCGUACACUACCACUACCUGUCUCCUCGAUCCAAGGGUCUGUUCCACAAGGGAGUGUCCAUGAGUGGCUCAGCACUCUGCCCUUGGACACAGACAGAACAAGUAACUUUGAGGGCUCACACCCUCGCCUCGGCCCUUGGAUGUCCGACCACCAGUAGUCAGGAGAUGGUCAACUGUCUGCGGAACCGGCCAGCUAGGAGAAUCGUGAGGCUUGUCCAAACUCCUUUGUUUAUGCCAUGGCACUUCAAUCCGUACACCCCGUUUGGGCCGGUGGUUGAGAAGGCAGGAGAAUCACCCUUCUUAACACAACAUCCCUGGGACAUAUUGAGGGAGGGGAAAGUUCAAGCUCUGCCAUGGCUCGCCAGUGUUACGUCUGAGGAAGGGCUCUACCCUGUAUCAAAUUUUGUGGCAAAUGCAACACUUUUGGAUGAGAUAGAGCGAGAUUGGCUGAAGAUUGCUCCAGCUCUUCUUGACUACAACUACACUGUUGCAUCAGAACUUAAAGAUGAAACAAGCCAGAGGAUUAAAGAGUUUUACAUGAAAGGACAACCCAUUUCCAGAGCAACUACUGCUCCUUUUAUACAGCUAGCAAGUGACCGCUUGUUUGUGGUGGAUGUAGAGAGAGCUGCUAGAUUACAGGCUGAAGUGGGCAAGGCUCCUGUCUAUUUCUACCACUUCACCUACAGAGGCAAACAUUCAUACUCUGAGAUGAUGUCUUGGGGCUCAACUGAAAACUUUGGAGUUAGUCAUGGGGAUGACACAGGAUACAUGCUUGGAGUGGACUACAUGAAUCCUUUAGAGACUGAUACUGAUAAGAACAUGAGCAACUUAAUGGUCAAUAUGUGGAUUAACUAUGCCAAAACUGGCAAGCCCCAGUUUAAGAAUGCAGUUUGGGUCCCAGUGUCACCGAAGGCUAGCACUGACGGUUAUCUUGACUAUCUUCAUAUAGCCUCUCCUAAGGACGUUUCACCUAAGAAAACUCAAGAUCUCGGUAAUCGACAAUUUUGGGACUCACUUCCCUUCCAUGAACCUACCCGAGGUCAAGUUCAAUCAGUUCUCAGUCAUACUGAAUUGUAAAACAAAUGAGAGAUUGAACGUUAAUUUUACUGACUCAUAUCCGUAUGUAAUUUGUAAUAUCGGGCAGACAAGACAAAAAUAUGAAUGGAACUGUCAUUAAUUAGGUUUUGAAUGGAUAUUGUAGAUGUUGAGAGCUUCACUCGAUAAGUAGAAAAAUACACAUAAAUGUAACACUUGGUGAGCAACAGCUUUGGUUACGGAAAAUAUAUGAAAACAUUUUAA